AUGGCGAAGCGGAGGCAAAGAAGAAGUCGGGAUGCUCGUGAAAUUCAAACCCCGUUUUCGGACAAUGAGGACAGUGUCAAGCCUGACAAUAUCGUACCGAAACUAUUACCCAAGUCUGAUGAAAACCAAAAAACGAAAAAGAAAACUGGAAAGAAGACCAGAUUCGGGAGGAGCCCGACCAGGGCGGGAGACUUCGCACCAAAUGCUGGUGUUCACGAUUCGGCGGACGAGACAGACCCAGAUAUCAUGGAUCUGGCUUCGGACCAUGGUGGUAUGGCUGAACAUGAGCCUUCUCCAGUCAGCGAAAGGGUGAAACGCAUCAUUCGAGAAGAUACCUUCGCUCAUUCAAACAAGAUGAUCAAGUUUCUUGCGACGGAGGAGCCCGAUUACGAAAAUUGCGAGAGGUUUUUCGAACAUCUGAACCACAAGAUUCACAGCGCCAAUAAGGAUGAUGGUCUCCCUGAACUUAGUGGUAGUAUACCCCAAUCAUUCUAUCCUUCGACGUAUCGAAACUGGCGAAGAAAAUUUGAGGAAGGAAUAGAAACAAAGUCCUCUGAGUAUGUGAUGAUGGCAUUCAAAAAGACUCAUGAACUCAUCAAUAGGUUCAACGAAAGGUGUCACCUUCCGCAAGAAUGGAAUCUCGAUCGGGAGGUCAUGAAAGAAGAGGCCGAGAUUAAAGGUCUUGAAAUUGUGAAUGACAACGACUCUAUCGCCGACGAGAAGUCUACAGGACUGAAUGACCAGUCCGAUGUAGAUGAAGAUACGGCAACCUCAAGCCAAGCAUCAAGCCUUGACAACAAUGGCCCUACAGGCCUCGAUGCCUUGGAAUCACGAACCAUAAAGGAGCAGCGUAAAUUAUCCACGGCUAAGGUCCUAUACUGGUGGCCUAAAGGAACUGGCUCCCAGACCUUCGUGAGAUAUGGAGACCACAAGACGCCUAUUUAUCGAAUUCGAGCGGGGUCUUAUGAGAGAUACAAUCGUCAUACUGUUCCGCGAAUCUUCCCAUCGAGGGCUCGUGGCAGCGCUAAGAUCAUCAGUUCCAAAAAUGGACUUGAACAUGAAGUUUGGAAGUACACGCGUGAAGACGUUGAAGAUAUAUUGGGGAUCGGCUGGAAGAUUGAAGAGGACGAUGAAGAAGGCUUCGAUGCUCUUGAUGCCAUACAGGCCACCAAGGAUGCGUGCUAUCCGCAGACCCGCGCUCUUGUGAAAUGGAAAGAUGGCGCGAUCACGCUUGAGACACGUUCAUUCAUUCGUCGUAUAAGUUCUGGAUCCAAAUUAGACGCUGACCGAAUGAUAUUCCAGAAAGCUGUGGAGCUUGAAACGGCAUACCGCAAAAAGCACGGACUAAGCGAUGAUGUGGACAGUAACCACAGUGGACAAGAAAGUGAUGCGGACCAAUCAAAAGACAAAGCGUAUCGAGACAGGAGCAGACGCCACUCCCGAUUUGCCAGAAGAGGAUCACGUGAUCGCUCUCCCGAAUCUGAAAACACUGACGCAACUAUGUCGGAGAGCGAGCCAAGCGUGAUUCCCCAGAAGAAGCGACCAAGCAGGCGCCGUAACGAGUCCAGUGAGAGGUCCAACCGACGGGGCCGCGAUGAAAAAGAAGAAACAGCGACAAUAAUCAAGCUCGAAAGACAGCUUCACCAACUGCGAACGAAACUGGCAAAGUCAGGACGGUCAUAG